AUGAUUCGCCAUCAUUACCUACGAUGUCGCGCUCCUGCCGACGAAAUUCUCCCUUCUGUGAGGUCAAGAUAUACCGGAGCUCAACAGUGGAUCAUCAGGACUGCAUCAUCAUCCUCGAGGGCACAACAGCAUCAUGGAAGGCCAUUCAGUUCUGCUACAUUGUCAACGAACGAUUCAAAUGAUUCAUACCAUUUAGGCAUGGUGACAUCGUCGUCGCCGAAGACUACAUCUGUUCGCGAUCUCAUCGAUGCUAUCAAAAUUGACUCCAAGGCAUCAGCGGCAUCCUCUGCACUCAGCUCACCUCUACUCGCGCUAUUCCUGACCCCCUCGUUUGCGGGAAAUGAGUCUCUCUCCACAUUGCCGCUACAGUUCAUCAGUCGCGCAUUCCGGCAGGAUGGCUUUCAGGCGCAGUCGUUGGAUGCCAUUGUCGGCAUCGUCGACCGUCUCCCUGAUCCGACUGGCAGUCAAAUCGCUCAUGAAGGAUUGACAUACGCUUUCUUGCCCAAUCCUAAGAAAGCAUUCCGUCCAUCACAAUCGCUUUUACAAACGACUGCACAGAAACCAGGUUCCAUCAAUUUCAACCUCGCGCUUGACUCUGCAGAAACUACCUUACAGCUCCCAUUAUCACAUACCGUGUUCUCCACGGGUCUGCCUUCGACAUUAGUACAUGCGCAUUACACCAGCGAGAGUGCCACUGAUCAACUCCAACUUCGUACAGAGACACACCUUGAAUCAGAGACUCUGCCUUUCACGCUAGGGCCUGCGAAACCGUCUGUUAAUUAUCGUGCACCAUUAGUACCACUUACUCCUGCACGUCCAGUUGCAAAUUCCAUGGGAAAUAUUGUCCGGAAACUGCUACCACAUUCUUGGCAGGCUGCAAUGCACCUGACCGAUCUGACACGUCAAGCUGAUGAAAACAAGUCUCUUUUGCCAGCAUCCGAGGAGCUCGAAAGAGCAGUGACAAGAUACUUCGAGUCUUUAUCGAUACCUCCUGCAGCCGUGCAAGUCUGGGCGCUCAUCAUCCCACGCUUGAUCGGGGGCGAAGAGAUCUCUGGACAGAGCGAAGCUGGAGUUUUGCUGGCCAUGCAGGAGCAGCAAAUGGAAGCCGCAUGGAAGAGUGUAAGUCGCGAAGGCCAAGGACCGAACGAAAUAUGCAAAACAUCCGAAGCGAUCAUUUCGAUAUUACGAAAAGGUGGUCGAUUAUGUCGAGUUCUUUCCGGAGGUGGAGGCUGGGGCAAAAAAGCUGGACUCGUUAGCCUCGACCCCGAUCUUGAGUACAGCACCCGGGAGCUACGUGGUGACAUAGGAUGGAAUUUCUCGUUCGGCGAGGAUGAAGGUGCCUCUGCCAUCGUCAAACAGCAACGGGAGGCACUCGGCGAGAUGAUCAACGAGGGCGAUAGCAUCAUGUUUCUCCUUGCUCCUCAGGCAAACGAAUCUUCUCUGCAUGACGCCAACUCUCCGGUAGCUGGAACUUCGAGUUCUGACGCGAUCCCAGCUCAUACACCAAUUAUAAAAUUCGGACCGAUCCCUUCCACAAUAGAUGAAAUACCAUCGGAUUCACCUCCCGCGGGCCGAUCGGGAGGUAGUGCAUCGAUAAUUAGGCACAUACCAGACAUGUUUGGCAUUCUUUCCGAGGGCGGCAUGGCGAUCAGCCGAAGAUCGAACGAUCUAUGGGGUGUCUCGGAGACCAAGUCAAAGCUUGAUGUACCGUUCGGUACUCUUACCAUCUGCGGCCCAGAAACGAAGCCUAGCAAGGACAGGUGA